AUGGCCCUCUCCCUGCCCGGCGAGACGGGCCCCGGGGAUGGUGGGGACGUGCCGGGGGUGAGCCCGGCCAGCUUCGCCGCCUUCUACUCCUCCUUCUUGCCUCCCGCCCCGUACUUCGAGGCGUCCCCCGACUUCUUCCAGCCUCUGAAGUCCCUAGCGGGGCUGUUCCCCGCCUCUCCGCCGCUGACCACCUUCACCUUCAGCAGGGGUCCCUCUCUCCUGAGCCAGCCGCCCCCGUUGCCCCCAGCUGAGCCCUUCCCCGGCCCCCCCCUAUCCCUCUACGCCAGGCCAUCGAUCCACGGCCCACCCCGGGAGGACUCGCCCCUCGGUGCAGGGGUCCUGGACUCGGUGCCACUGCUCUGCCCGAGCUCCCCGCGCAGGGCUGCCUGCAGUCCGGAGGAGCCAGGCCGGUACCGCUUCAGCGAGGAGCAGCUCCAGGCCGUGCUCUACGGGACGUUCCGCAGCCAGCCAGCCGGCAGCCUGCACGCCAUCUCGGGGCUCCGUCUGCCCCCCGACAGCCCGGGUAAGGGGCCGAAGGGGCACCAGGCGGGGGAUGGGGUUCGGGGACGGGCCGGAGGGCAAUGGAGGUUGAGAGAGGACCCGCUCUCCCGGCCCUGCUGCUCCGAUGGGGGUCGGGCUGAAGACGAGGUCCUCUCUUUGGCAGGUGCUGCGGACUCCUGCCCGCUGCUCGACAGGGAUGCGCUGCAGCUACCCGAAGGGCUGUCGGUGCUGCGGGCGGCCUACGGGGACGUGUCUCAGCUCGGCGUUUUCUGCACGGAACCCAUCCCCAAAGGAGUCCGCUUCGGCCCUUUCCAGGGCAGGGUGGUGAACACCAGCGAGAUAAAGACUUACGACGACAACUCGCUGAUGUGGGAGAUCUUUGAAUACGGGCGCCUGAGCCACUUCAUUGAUGGGAAGGGCACCUCCGGCAACUGGAUGUCGCUGGUGAACUGCGCCCGGUUCCCUGAGGAGCAGAACCUGACAGCCAUCCAGUGCCAGGGGCAGAUCUUCUACGAGAGCUGCAAGGACAUCCUGCCCAAGCAGGAGCUGCUGGUGUGGUACGGCGACUGCUACGUCCAGUUCCUGGGCAUCCCCGUCAGCCUGAAGGGCUUGUCGGAGGGCAAGAGACCCCCGCAGCACCCCGAAGAAGCCGGGGAGAGCUUCAAGUGUGAGCGCUGCGGGAAGGUUUUUGCCUACAAGUACUACAGGGACAAGCACCUCAAGUACACUCGCUGCGUGGACCAGGGGGACCGCAAGUUCCCUUGUCACCUCUGCAACCGCUCCUUCGAGAAGAGGGACAGGCUAAGGAUCCACAUCCUCCACGUUCACGAGAAGCACAGACCUCACAAGUGUUCGGUGUGUGGGAAGAGCUUCUCCCAGUCCUCCAGCCUGAACAAGCACAUGAGGGUCCACUCUGGGGAGCGCCCCUACAAAUGUGUCUACUGCAACAAGGCGUUCACAGCCUCCAGCAUCCUGCGCACGCACAUCCGGCAGCACUCCGGGGAGAAGCCCUUCAAGUGCAAGCACUGCGGCAAGGCCUUCGCCUCGCACGCCGCACACGACAGCCACGUGCGGCGCACGCACGGCCGGGACCGCGCUGCCGCCGAGCCGCCCUGCCACCGCCUCGGCACCGCGCAGUAACCGCGGCCCCGCCGAGCUCCCUGCCACCGCCUCGGCACCGCGCAGUAACCGCGGCCCCGCCGAGCUCCCUGCCACCGCCUCGGCACCGCGCAGUAACCGCGGCCCCGCCGAGCUCCCUGCCACCGCCUCGGCACCGCGCAGUAACCGCGGCCCCGCCGAGCCGCCCUGCCACCGCCUCGGCACCGCGCAGUAACCGCGGCCCCGCCGAGCCGCCCUGCCACCGCCUCGGCACCGCGCAGUAACCGCGGCCCCGCCGAGCCGCCCUGCCACCGCCUCGGCACCGCGCAGUAACCGCGGCCCCGCCGAGCUCCC